AGGUUUUACAACAGGACGGUUUCACAACUGCAUCCAGGGCUUCACCUCUACCGCGCACACCUGUCUCCACAGAGCUUUCUUUGGCCGGAUUAUUGCAGAAAAUCACCAUAAACAUUCAAUCCGACUCAGUGGGAGAUCAUUUGACAGUCUCGUACACACCUUCACUCUCCUUUGGACAAUAACCGCGAAAGAAACAAGUUUUUUUCCCCCCCUCUGCGCUCCACAAACCGGUUUAAGUACCGAGAGGCCGUUCAUGAUUGGGGACACACCGGUAUGUCAGCGUGGUUUGUCUCGGUCAUCGCAAACAAGUAGCCCACAGUCGUCUGUCUGUCUGUCUCUCUGUCUGUCUGGGCCACGAUCUUAGGCUCCGCUUCGUUUAUACGCCUUUCACACUGAGGGGAACAAGUGUGUGAGUUUGGCCUGUGAAGUCUUCGCCUGCUAGACAAACAUCUCAGCUAUGGAGUUGGGUUCGGUGAUUUUAACGACUGCGGGCUCCGUCGGGUUUUUCAGACUUGUCAACGCAGGGGUCAAUAAACUCCCCAUGCCUGAAUCUGCCUGCAGGAAUGCGUGGAAAUGGAGAAAUAUCUCUACAUCCUUCGUGCACAGUCUCAUCACCGCGAUAUGGGCCGUGCUUUGCUUUUUCCUUCACCCACAGAUGGCCGAAGAUUUGAUAGAAACUCAUUCAGUGUUUUCUCAUGCUUUGGUGUCAUUUUCAAUUGGUUACUUCAUCUAUGACUUCUUUGACAUGGUGCUGAACCAGAAACUGAGUCAGUCCUGGGAGCUUCUCUUUCAUCACAUCGUGGUGAUCACCUGUUUCGGCCUCUCUGUGCUAUCGUGCCGCUACGUGGGUUUUUCCGUGGUCGCCCUGUUGGUGGAGAUAAACUCUGUGUUCCUCCACCUCAGGCAAAUCCUGCGCAUGGCCAACAUCGCCGCAGGUACGCUGUACCGGGUCAACAGCAUGAUCAACCUGGGCACAUACGUGGUGUUCCGCAUCAACACGCUGGCCUGGAUGACCCGCUGGCUGGUGCUCAACAGGGACAAGGUGCCGCUCCUGGCCUACACGCUGGGCAGCGUGGGUAUGGCCAUCAUGACAGCCAUGAAUAUCGUCCUCUUUUAUCGGCUGCUCAGGAGCGACUUUUUGAAGAGCAGCGCCCGGGAGACCAAGAAAGAGAAAGAGAAGGAGAUGUAGAGAGAAGGGGAGAAGGAGACGCAAGGAGGAUUAGAUUCAUAAACACACUCAUUGCUGUACGUUAACACCCUGUGGCUGAGAUUUGGUACCGUUUUGCCUGUGUGUAGUAUACUCAUGGCUGGGAGACGGAGGGAUCUUUCUAUCUCUCGUACUGUACAGGUACGUACACACAAGGUGUCAUCAGUGGGCCUCAUUCCAAACACACACAUCACACACAGCCGUUGUGCUGAAAGCUACACUUGCCCAUCAGUUGUAGUUUUGACAGUUUUGGCUUCUGUGUGUGUGUGCUCCAGUCAUCCUUAAGUGCCAUUAGUGGCUCGCCUAAUGGCCGAUGAAGGAUUCUUCAUAUGAACAACGCAAGGCCUUGUAAAACGACACCAAACGCCUUAUUGUCCCACAGGGUGUUUCAGCUAAAUCUUUUCUAAAAAUGUAGCGCAUGGUAAGUGAACACGCACUGUUUUAAAUCAAACCCUCCAACACUCGUGUAUACGUCUCUAUUAUAUACAUACUGUAUAUAAUACACAUACAUAUGCUGUGGCGGGCUAUUUAAAAAUCUCACGUACAAUUUAUUUACCACUGAGUAAAAAUAAAUAAACAAAUAAAUAAAUUAGUGGAAUUCAGACCCUCUUGUUGUGUAACACUAACACCACAGAGGUGAAUAUGUCUUUUUUUUUUUUUUUUUACUUUUUCCACCAACUGUCCUCAACUAAAAACCGCCUGCUACCUCAGAAAGCUUGUUACAAUAAUCCUUUGUCUCUUUCUAAAACAAGCUUUACUGUCAGUGUUUGCCAGGUUGUUUGUUAUUAGAGCAGAAAAUUAGGAAAAAUGUUAUAAAGAGAAAAUGUUUGUCCAGAGAACCAGGAAAUCCCCACUGAAGAGAAGAAGAGGGUAAUAGAAUGAUGAAUAAAUAUUAAAUGCUUUGAAGCAGCGUUUAAAUAAAACAAAUCAGAUUUAACUUUGAUGACAAUGCAAAUCUGCAUGAUAUUUAGUAGCUAAGCGAUUGUGGCCAUUUUAUGCUUUGACAAAUUAUAUUAAAACAUUUAGGAAACAGCAAUAAAUCAGUCAUAGCAGGCUUUGCGUUCACUCUAAUUAUAAAGUAAAACCCCGUAUCUUAAAAAAACAGCUUGUGUGCCUAAGAUCUGAUUGCCGAACUGUACUGUCCACCUGCCGAGGUCUUUUGUCAGUAGAUCUUGGAGGAACAAAACUAGAUAGAGUAGACUCUGACUUGCCAGGCUCAUGGAUCAAUUACAAAACUGAGUAAGGGUCAGAGGCUGUCUGACAGCUCACACUGGCUGCUGCUUUUGUGAGUACACUUGAAAAAAAACCUGUAAAAUGACAAGCUAAAUGACAGAGGGUAAUGCUGUAUUUACCAACUGACAUUAAUGUUUUCAUGAUUUGUAUGUAUUUUUGUAGUGUCCCCCGUGAUGGUGCACAGUCUGCAGUAGGAGCUUUCAGACAGGCAUGAGUUGUUAUUCUUCAUUUGACCUAUGGAGGACAGCAAACUCCUUAACGUCACCUCAGUGACCACAACACAACCAAGACCACCAGAGAUGUCUUGUAUUUUGGAACAUCUUUGUAGAUCUGUGCCAUCCGGCUUUUUAAUCUGAAGUUGCCAAUUAACACCAAUAGAGGUCAGUGUUGGAACAAGCAGGUCUGAGAUCUGUGAAUACAGCAUAAGUGUUAGACACACGGCUGCUUACUCUUCCAGCUCACAUCGUAACAUCAAUCCUUACUUGGCAUGGAAAUAUUUGAUUUUGUGUUGUUGCUUUUUUUUGUGUGUGUGUAUAUUCAUUGUCCCAGGGGUUAAAUUGUGUAUAUUUGUAAUUUAUUUGUACUUAAAAUAAGUUGUGGGUUAAAGAUAGAAUGAACACAAUUUUCAAUGAGUUUCCCUGUUGUGAAAAAACUGUCAAUUAUAGUGAAGCUGAUUGUGUAAGUCAUGUUGUUGCGGGGCAUUUUGCCACUUUGGGUCAUAAUUUCUUUUUUUGGGUUUGUUUCUCCAGCUACAGCUUUCUUGACCCAGUGUCUAUGAAGCCCUGAAAUCAGCCAUAUUACAAACGCAGCGGCAUGUUCAGUCACACUCACAUACUUGGUUGCAGUUCAAAGGAAACAUCAGACCCAAAUUGUAAAUUUAGAAUCAGCUAUAAGCUGUCACACUCAGCGGGCAGGUCUUCUACAGUGUAACUGUAGCUAAUAAACUGCCAGCUGAGAGUAUUUGCAGGUGAUUAAGUGAGACAGGGUCCACAAAUUUAAAUCUUAGUUCACAUUAAAAUCAAGACAUCACUGCACUAAACAAACUGCACUGUGUGAGAGGAAAGCAGUAGAGUUUGAAUUAUUGUUGUUGUGGCUGAUUCCCAGUUGCCUUUUUUUUUUAAAAUCAAGAGUAUAUCUCCCUUUUUGGAAUUUGUUGUGAAUGUAAAUUUGCCUUUUUUUUAGGGCAGCUUUGUGGUUGUAGUGAAGACAACUGGUGACAACUGAAGUUCUUUCUAACAAGCAAGCUUAUAAUUGUGAAUGUGUUAUAUAAGGCAGUAAUGUUAUUGGAGUUUUACCUAUGUGAUACCAGAUUUGUUCCUUAUGUUGCUGUGUGCUUUUAGGAAUCCUGAGAAAACAUUGCAGCCAAGUCAAGAUUUUUCCUCAUAUAAACAUCGUACUGACACUGAGCGACCGCUGGCCAAAAACAAACUACUGUACCGCUCUCUCUUCCACCGCUAACUCUUUUCCUUUUUUUCUUUUUUUUUCUUUUUUUUUUUUGCUGCCUGGAUUUCAAAACAUGACUUUUUCCAAGGCCACAGGAUGAUGCUACGGUUUUAUAUGUUUGUCGGUAGUGCACACAAGGAAAAAUAAGUCAGGAUGUCAGAUGCCACACAGCCUCAUAUUCCUCAUCAUACACAAUACAUGUGGUGGUUGGCUGCAUUGGUCUUCAUUGUUUGUUUGUGUUUUUAAAUGAAUUCCAUUAUUAGAGAAUGAGAAAAGCAACAUUUCCUUAUCUCAACCAACAAGACCAGUUUUAUUUCCUUGUUUGUUCAUUUAUAGACUUCUUUUUUUCCAGUGAUUGAUGAAAUAUUAAAUAUUGUUAACAUAAAAAAAAAAUCUAAUUCAUAACAACAGUGAAGACGGACACUGUGCAGCUUGUCAAGGACUGAUAAACCCUUCAUUAAGGGGGAAAAACCUGGAAUACUGAAGCAACCGAGACCAGCUGAGGUUCUUAAAGCGAAAUCGUCUGCUGUCUCGGAGCUUCAGACACAUCACGUUUCACAGAAUUUUGUCUUUAAGUGUAAAUAUAACAGUUUUAUUUUUUCAUGUUUUGGCAGAGAUUGUUUUGUAAUUAAAACUCCAAUUUAUAUGUUUAUACAAUAACAAUAUUUGGUUAACGUGAAAAUAAAGAUAAAUGAAAU